UCGUCACCCACUCUGGUGUGUUCCUUGUUCCAAGUGUCGAGGGUCAGCCUCAAGGAAGUUUGCCACAUCCGUGUAGUGUCCAAAAUGGACAUACUGGUGGCAAAUCUCGACGAUGGAGCUGGUUUCGUUGUAGUUCAAGUUGUCUUCAGGGCACCCAGUUGCCCCAUUUGACAUUUAUUUUGUCCCACGAGGUGAAUCAUUCAAACUCUCCGUCCGGAGCCAGCUACCCAACCUUUGCAGUACGCGUUUCAUUGCAUCUUCGUAACUUCAUGCCCACGUUUGUCUCAAAGAGUUCCUUUUGAGAAAGAAUGGCCACUCAUGCAACAAACGGCACCAAUCAUUGAGACUUUCCUCUUCCCGGACAAUCUUGCCCAACAACACUGGAUUUUACACAUAUCUAUUUUUGUAAGCACCGCGUUCCACCACAUUUGAUCUUUUCACAAUGAGUUUAAGACUGUUUGACGAUUUCAAUAACUCGCACAUCAAAGACAUGUCCAAGAAACCUUCAACCAUGGAUAACGAUGAUGAUAGCGAGCCCGAGGGUGUGAUGCCCCGCCCGGAUCUCUUAUGGGAGGACACUCUGCUCCAUGGAAGAACCCUCCAAGCCCUCAAUCAAAUGAGGAAGGACAAGCAUUUCUGCGAUGUCACUCUCCAGAUUGACAAGCAGGAUUUCCCGGCCCACCGUGCUGUUUUGGCCGCAGCCAGCCCGUACCUGUUGGAGUUGUUCACUUCUCGGAGCGACAGACCUACCAGAAAAGAGGAGGAAGGCGUUACUGGAGUGAUCUAUGAACUCAACGGAGGCUUCAAUAAGGAAGCCCUGGAAAUCUUAAUUGAAUACGCUUAUACAGCCAGGCUCACCGUACCGGCCCGCAGCAUUAGGACCGUGUUCCUGGCUGCAAUCAGACUUCGGAUGGAACGCGCUUCUCAUGAAUGUGCAAAAUUCCUGGCUGACCAUAUUAAUGUAGAGACAUGCUUGGAACUACGGAAUAUGCCUGGGAUAACCAAGCUCACAGAUCUCGUCAACAAAGUGGAUUCGUAUAUCCAGAGCAACUUCGGAUCGAUCCAGGAGAGCCGGGGAAUGAUGGCAUUGCCCCGUAUUUGCAUCGAGGUCCUACACAACACCAAAGUGGAUAUUGAGGCCGCUAAAUCCGAGCCCUUGUGCCAAUUAGCCCUCGAUUGGAUUCAUAUUCAAUGGCUGGAAGAUGAAAAACUGACCUUGGAUUCCAUGACUACGAAGCGACACUUGCUAUAUGUUGGCCGUGAAAACAAACUUGAGGAUUGCAAGGGAAUCGAGGAAGGAUCGCCAAAUGACUCGGAAAUCAUCCAAGAUUAUAAAAAGACCAAUCAGAAACAGCUUCCUCGGCAAAUGAAAAAGAUUCGAAGACAUUCGUCCAUGAAGCCUGCUAAGCCACGAGAACUCCUCUACUCUCGUCACAUAAACCAAGACGAAGAAAAAACCGGGGAUGUCAUUGAAGAAUGGAAAAUGAUUGCUUGUAGCAAUCUGGACGAUAAGACUAUCCUUGGUCUUGUGACCGUGGAUGGGCUCUUGGCCGUGGUUUCAAUCAUACAACGCCUGUAUAGGCCAACCACUCCAGACAUGACCCAACCUAUUUUGACUGCUGCGGCAGGUCUCACCUUAGCUUUGGCCAACGGCUCGCGAAAAAAUUCCAAGGGUACUUCACCUACCAUGUCCAGACCACCAUCCGAGGAAUCCGACCUCUACGAUCCCUUGCCCAAUAUGGCGUCGCCUCGUUGUGCCGUGGGGACUUGCCAGCUCGAUGGAAAACUCAUUGUUUGCGGAGGCUACGACCGUGGCGAGUGUUUGAACAAUGUCGACGCUUUUUCUUUGGAAUCGAAUUCGUGGAGCGCAAUGCCUCGCAUGUCGAGCAAACGCGGUCGAUUUGAUACGGCAGUUUUGAAUGGGGUCAUCUAUGCUGUCGCAGGGAGUAACGGCCAUUCCGAGCAACAUACCGCCGAAAAAUUCAAUCCGGAAACGGGCAAAUGGACAAGCAUAGUGAACCUCCCGUUUCCAGUUGCCAACAUUGGACUCUGCAGCUUGAACGGUUCCAUCUAUUGCAUCGGAGGAACCUACGGUCAAUCAGGCAGCAAGAAUUGCUUCAAACUGGCCGCAGAUGAAUCCAAAUGGGAAAGAAUUGCUCCCCUGCAAUUAGGUCGAUCCCAAGCUGGAGUAGCCUCUUUCCAAGGCAAGAUUUGGGUUGUAGGAGGUUGCGAUGCCUGGAAUCCAGUUGCUUCCGUGGAAGUCUAUGAUCCGGAUAGCAACUCAUGGAAACUUGGUCCACCCAUGACCACACCCAGGAGAGGAUGUGGAAUUAUCAACAAAAAUGGCCUCUUAUACGUCAUUGGUGGCUCAGAUGGAACCAAAUCUCUCUGCACGGUCGAGAUUUAUGAUCCUCGGAUGAAUUUGUGGACUUCCGGUCCAAAUAUGACAUCUUGUCGGGCUAAUGUAUCUGCCAAUUUGGUGGAUGAUCGUAUCUGGGCCGUUGGAGGAUUCAGUGGAAAAAACUUUUUGAGCACGAUUGAGUAUUUGGAUCCGGUUCGAGAUGAAUGGACCACUUACAUCGCAAGAAAUCCCACACCCAAAGCCUCUCGUGGAUCGCCAUUUACUGUAGAACAGGUGGCCGAGGAUGAUCUUACACCCGUUAAUCUAGAGGAAAGUCGAUCUUUCCAAACCGUCCUUGGUCAAGCUAAGAUCAUGAACAACGUAGAACCAUCAGAAAAACGCGUUACCAUCGCGGAAGAUCCUCCCGAAAGCAAUGGUGGGGAAGAAGAGAAUGUGUGUCCUCAAUGACCUGUUAUGCAAACUGAAGCCUCGUUGAAGUUCCUUCCUUUGAAGUGAAAAAAUGGAUCUGAGCAAGAAAACAUCAUCUGGAGAAAGUUCUUCAACCCAUAAGUUCUUCAACAAUGCCGGAAUUAUUUAUUAAAAAGACGAAAAAGAAGAGGAUGAAGAAUAAAGUAUUGUGUAUAAUUGUACCACCCACAUUCACCGAGAGGGAAAAAGAGUUUCCACGUUUUCACCCAAAACUACACUCAAUCAAGUUUUGUUUUUUUUUAUACAUAAAAAGGAAUAUUUUAAAAGUAAGCAAUAUGUGUUCCCUGGUUCAAUGUUGAAGACACCCCAAUGUUCGAAAGGGAGAAUCGCUCCAAGAUAUUAAUUCAAAAAUAACCAUCUCCUCAAUCACUCUGUACGCCACAUCGGCAAAAAUACCACCGUCAAAUCGGUCAUGGCACACCAGAGUGAAAUGUAUCAUUUCACAUUACGAUGUAUGAUCUGUAUGAAUAUAUUUUUAUGAAAGCUG